UUCUCGUUGUAACUGAUAGUAAGCCUUUGAUGUUCCUAUCAAUUCGUUAUUAGAAAUCGGUAUUUGCAAAAUGUUCAACUCACAGUUUUUAUAUCUUGCUGUUGCUUUACUAGUUUCGUCGGUCACCGCCUUUGUUCCAUUCGAAAAUGGCAUGGAAUACGAAUUCAGAUUCAAAUCCAAAUUGAAUCUGGAGCCUAGUUUUUUAACGGGCCAAUCAGGAAAUGCAACAUUAAUUGUACGAAAGUUCGGAACCGAUGGAUCAUCGCUCGUUGUACGGAUCAAGGAUUCAGAAGUUAUCGGCAAAAAUGUUGACUCAGAAACGAAGGGUCACGUUGAAGGCAUUUUUGGUGUUAAACGGGACGUCAGUGGUGCAAUAACGCACAUAAUUUCAAAAUCCAAUUCUGCCAAGGAAGUAUUGACAAAGAAAAAUAUUGUGAGCAUGUUGUCGGAUGACUUUAGUUUCUUUGAUAACUAUGUGAGAAGUACUGCAUCGAGAAAAAAGAGAGAGCGAGUCGAUUUAUCAAUCGGUUGGUGCAAUUGUGAUAUAUCAGCUGAAACUGACGACGAUAGUGGACUCACAAAUGUUUUGGCUCAAACAGAAAUAAGAAAUUGUGACGUCAAUCCGUUGAUCAUCAAGGCCGGUCAGUAUUUGCUGCAAGGAACGACAAAAACAAUUGCUCGAAUUGAAGAGGACAGUAAUAUUGGAAUGAGCAUCAUGUUCGACACAAAAACAAAACAGAUGCUAGAAGUGAAUAAAUUUACAUUCCUGAAUUUAGUAAUUAUGGGUAUUGAAGUUCAAGCUAGACACAAUAUGAUUUUGGAGUAUGUAGGCGAACAUCCAGUUACAAGCGAGACAGACUUUGGAAAGCCAUAUUCGGCAUUUUCAAAGGAAGAUAUUGAUGACUUCAUUAGAGAGCAGAAAGAAGAAGAUUAACUACUUUACGUACUUUAAU